AACUAGUCUAGCACUUCGAGACGAGUCUACCGGUAGACGGACGGUUCAUCUGCUUGUCCGCUUCCUGCUUAUCCGCAUUAUUGCACAGGCCGAUUGCCUUUCUCCGAGUUCCCAGCUUAUCCAAAUUCAACCCGUGGGGGGGGCUGGUUGUUGUUGGUUGCUAACCAAGUUGCGUUGCUAGCUCAACUCAACCUUCGGGCCUUUUUCUUUCUAGUCCGGUUCCUCUCUCACUCUCCUACUCGCCAUACUAGCUUGCGCUUACGAGCGAAACAUCCCUGCGUCCAUCUCCGACUUUUUCCCCAUCGGAGAUUGCUUUUCAGGUUUCCGUUUUGGGCUUCUUCCCAAUCUAUUUUUUCCCAUCUUUUUUUUUUCCUGUUUUACAAAGAUCGGACCCCCUCUUCCAACAUGUCCAAGUUCGGCGUCCUAGUGAUGGGCCCCGCCGGGGCCGGCAAGACGACCUUCUGCAGCGCGGUGAUCCAGCAGCUCCAGAACACGCGACGGAGCUGCUUCUACGUGAACCUGGACCCGGCGGCGGAGACGUUCAGCUACGAGCCGGACCUGGACAUCCGGGAGCUGAUCACGCUGGAGGACGUGAUGGAGGAGCUGGGGCUGGGCCCCAACGGCGGGCUGAUCUACUGCUUCGAGUUCCUGCUGCAGAACCUGGACUUCCUGACGGAGGCGCUGGACCCGCUGAGCGAGGAGUACCUGAUCAUCUUCGACAUGCCGGGCCAGAUCGAGCUGUACACGCACAUCCCGCUGCUGCCGUCGCUGGUGCAGUUCUUGUCACGCGCCGGCCCGCUGAACAUCUCGCUGUGCGCCGCCUACCUCCUAGAGAGCACGUUUGUCGUGGACAAGGCCAAGUUCUUCGCCGGCACGCUGAGCGCCAUGUCCGCCAUGCUGAUGCUGGAGAUGCCGCACGUGAACAUCCUGACCAAGAUGGACCAGGUCAAGGACAUGAUCUCGCGCAAGGAGCUCAAGCGCUUCACCAACGUCGACGUCCAGCUGCUGCAGGCGGAUCAGGACCGUGACGAGGCGGAGGCAACAGGCGGUGGGGAGGUCGCUGUCCAGGGCGAUCCCGCGGCCAAGGAGAACCUGCUCAGCGGCGGCUCCUUCAACCAGCUCAAUCGCGCCGUCGGCCAGCUCAUCGAUGACUUCAGCAUGGUCUCCUUCUUGAAGCUCGAUGUCCAGGACGAGGACAGCGUCGCCGCCGUGUUGAGCCAUAUUGACGAUGCCAUCCAGUACCACGAAGCGCAGGAGCCGCGCGAGCCCAACGAUGCCCAGGAGGUCGAUUAUGAGGAUGGCGAUAUGUGAG